AAUAGAAAAGAAACAGAAUGACCGAGACGACCAAAGGCACAGGAUCAUAUCCGAUCAAAACCGUCGUCGUUUUGGUGCAAGAGAAUCGUUCCUUCGAUCAUACACUCGGCUGGUUCAAAGAGCUAAACCGGGAAAUCGACGGCGUCACAAAAUCGGACCCGAAAUCCAACCCGGUUUCUUCCUCUGACCCAAACUCUCUCCGUGUCGUCUUCGGCGAUCAGUCUCAGUACGUUGACCCGGAUCCGGGCCACUCCAUUCAGGAUAUCUACGAACAAGUGUUUGGUAAACCAUGGGAUUCGGGUCACCCGGAUCCAAACCCGGGUCCAGCUACCAUGUCCGGGUUUGCCCAAAACGCCGAGCGAAACAAGAAAGGGAUGUCAUCCGCGGUUAUGAACGGAUUUAAACCGGACGCUUUGCCGGUUUACAAGGAGUUGGCUCAUAAUUACGCCAUAUGUGAUAGGUGGUUUGCGUCGGUUCCGGCGUCGACGCAGCCAAACCGAUUGUACGUACACUCGGCAACAUCACAUGGAGCAACGAGUAACGACAGAAAAUUGUUAAUCGAAGGGUUUCCACAGAAGACGAUAUUCGAGUCGCUGGAUGAAGCCGGUUUAACCUUUGGCAUUUAUUACCAAUUCCCUCCUUCUACUCUCUUUUAUAGGAAUUUGAGAAAACUAAAGUAUUUGACGCAUUUCCACCAAUACGGAAUACGAUUCAAGAAAGAUUGCAAAGAAGGCAAGUUACCGAACUACGUCGUGGUCGAACAACGUUGGUUCGAUCUGUUGUCGACUCCGGCCAACGACGACCAUCCAUCGCACGACGUUUCUGAAGGUCAAAAGCUCGUGAAAGAGGUCUACGAGGCCUUGAGAUCUAGCCCUCAAUGGAACGAGAUUUUGUUCAUUAUAACAUACGACGAGCACGGUGGGUUUUACGAUCAUGUCCCUACCCCGGUCGACGGAGUUCCUAACCCUGACGGUAUCUUGGGACCUCCGCCGUAUAAUUUUGAAUUUAACCGGCUUGGUGUUAGGGUUCCGACAUUUUUCAUCUCUCCUUGGAUUGAGCCUGGCACAGUUAUUCAUGGACCGAAUGGGCCGUACCCAAGGUCACAAUAUGAGCAUUCAUCAAUUCCAGCAACGGUCAAGAAAAUUUUUAAUCUCAAAGAUUUCCUGACAAAGAGAGAUUCAUGGGCUGGCACUUUUGAAUCUGUUAUUACAAGAGAUUCACCAAGACAAGAUUGUCCUGAUACAUUAUCAGUUCCGGUUAAACUGAGAGCGACGGUGGCAAAAGAAAAUGCACAAUUAAGCGAGUUUCAAGAAGAGCUCGUAAUAAUGGCUGCAGGAUUAAAAGGAGACAACAAAAACGAAGAAUUGAUUCGCAAGCUAUGCAAAGAAACUUGCGUUGCAGACGCUUCCAAAUAUGUUACAAACGCGUUUGAUAAAUUUAUGGAAGAGGCUAGAAAGGCAAGAGAAAGAGGAUGUGACGAGAACGACAUCGUUUAUUGCUUUGAUGCUGAUCAUGAUAAUGAUGAUCAUGUAGUAGCGAUACCAUCACCCUCACAUUCAGAAAUACCACAUGCCGUUCCUAAGCCGAAAACACAAAUGUCCUUUUUCCCUAAUUCAAAGAGAGAAAGAGAGAGAAAACAAACUAAAGAAUAAAGAAAAUGGUGGAGGAGACGAGUUCCGGCGGCUCUUCUCCGAUCAAGACCAUCGUUGUUUUGGUCCAAGAAAACCGGUCAUU